AUGGAUGUAUCAGAUGUCUCAAAGACUGCUAGAUUGUUGUAUCAGUUGUUUAGAGAGGUUGUUUUGUAUGUUGGGGUAGAAAACAUUAUGCAUAUGGUGACUGAUAAUGCUGCAAAUUAUGUUGUUGCUGGCAAGUUAUUGAUGGAAGAAUUCCCUUCAAUAUUUUGGUCUCCUUGUGCUGCUCAUUGCAUCAACCUCAUACUCCAGGACAUUGGUAAAUUGCAGUCAUUUUGUUGUGUUGUUGAGCAUGCUUCUGCUCCUACUCGUUUUGCUACCAAUUUCAUUACAUUGCAAAGCAUUUUAGCUCAUAAAGAUGAGUUGAGAGCUAUGGUGACAUCUAGGGAAUGGGUCUCAUCUGCUUAUGCUAAAGAUAGCAAAGGAAAAAAACCUUCGAUGGGAUAUUUGUAUGAUGCUAUUCAUCAUGCAAAAGAAGAAAUGAUGAGGAGAUUUCAAAAGAGAAAGGCUAGAGUGAAACGUUUCAUAGACAUUAUCAAUAAUCGGUGGGAUGGACAACUUUAUAGAAAUCUUUAUGCAGCGACAUUUUGGUUGAAUCCUCUAUUUCAAUAUGAUGCAAAUAUAAUGGAUAAACAUAUGAGCACCAUUUCUGGACUUCUAGAUGUUCUUGAGAAGUAUGCACAUGGAAAUCUACCAUUGCAAAGUAAGAUUACAAGUGAGAUGAAGUUGUUUAGGAAUGCUGAACAUGACUUUGGUCGAAUCUGGCUGUUAGGUUGCUACGAGGCUGACUUUGUUAUUGUCGCCUGCGACCGUCGAAGCCGCUAUGGAGAUGGUAGUGGCUGCCCGGUCGGAGGGAAAAAAGAGCAAUGGCAUCUGGGUGUAGAGGCAGUAGCUGCUGGGUGGUGGCGGCUGGUUUGCUGGGAGCAAAGGAGAUGCAAAUUCAGAGAAAAAACACUAGCGGACGAAAGCGCAGAGACGAGAACCGGCAUUGACCAUCGUCGUCACAGUCUUCAGCAACCAGCCUCCAAAACCAGAGGCAGCAGAACAAAGAAUCAGAAACAAGAAAAGAGGACAGAGGAAAAACAGAACAGGGAAGGCAAACAAGCCCAACACAGAGACGAAAACGAGAAAACACAGAGGAGGGAGCUUCCAUUCAACCAGCAGCACCUCAGGCCUUUAUCACCAUCGAGACAGACAGGAAACGAGGAGGGUGAAGACAUCGUCCGGCCAGAGCUAACCGGUCGUCACCAUCGUCUUCGUCUUUACCCCGCAGCUGCACCAGAAGCUGGAUGGUGCAAACGCAAGACUGGCAGAUUACUUUGA